ACCUCCUCUUGUUCGUUCAAAUAAAAUCGAAAAGUAAAAGGAAUUGAUGUUGAUCGAAACGCGGCCAAGAAAAAGGAAUACUAAUAUUUUUCUUUUAUUUUCUUUUGUUGAGAAGGAAUAAAUGAACAAUGAAUAAAAGUGUAAAGAGAAGGCGCCGCUCCCAUCCGUAGAAGUCAAUCCCCUUCAACAGGGCAACGUAUAAAGCAGUAGAAAUGGCGUUGAUUGCACGCCAACAAACCAAUUUCUUUUAUUUGACUCGAGCCGAAUUUUCUAGAAUACUUACUGCCCCACACUAAUCAAUCUUUCAAGAAUCUCAUCUACUAUAAAUACCUACUCUUUCUCCAUAUUCAUUUCUCCUCUUCUUAAUUCUAGUUCCCAAAGUUUUCUGCUGCCUAAUCGCAUAUUUUCUGGAUCAGGUUUAGGGGUUUGCUGUGAAGGCGAGAAGGGUUUCUGAUGGCGUCGAAGAGGAUAUUGAAGGAGCUCAAGGAUUUGCAGAAGGACCCUCCGACCUCUUGCAGCGCCGGUCCUGUAGCAGAAGAUAUGUUCCAUUGGCAAGCCACGAUAAUGGGGCCUACUGAUAGCCCGUAUGCGGGAGGUGUAUUUUUGGUCUCGAUUCAUUUCCCUCCUGAUUAUCCUUUUAAGCCACCAAAGGUUGCUUUUAGGACAAAGGUAUUUCACCCGAAUAUCAAUAGCAAUGGAAGCAUUUGCCUCGAUAUUCUGAAGGAACAGUGGAGUCCGGCCUUGACUGUUUCUAAGGUCCUGUUGUCUAUCUGCUCUUUGUUGACGGACCCAAACCCUGACGACCCACUGGUGCCUGAAAUUGCUCAUAUGUACAAGACAGACCGGACCAAAUAUGAGUCUACUGCUCGCAGCUGGACUCAGAAGUAUGCCAUGGGAUAAAUGCUGAAUAGUCGAUUGGCGUAGACCUCCAUAGUAUUUCGUCUAUGGUUAAUCGAGAAUAAAACAGUGUUGGUGUGGUAUUUUUUGUUUGUGGUUAACUCUUGAUGGUUGUGUAUGCAAUACUCCAUUUCUCAAUUUGUGAAUACGUCUGAUCAAAAUGCAUUUUGGUCUGAAUGAAAUAGCAAGAAAUAGCUCUAUAUUAUUAGUGAUUUUGUGGUCGUAUUUGAAAUCUGAAUACAUGUAACACAUUGAUUUGUGUUUUUAUUA